AUGGAAUCAUCAACAAAACUUCGUGCUUUUACUGUAUUAUCAGUGGCGAUGGCUAUAGGUGUAAUACUCCGACAAAUGGAAUGGUCGUCUCUGAUCCCAAUUUCCGGUGGUGGCCUUUGGUGUUCGCUUUCGCCCAUCGUGUUCGUGGCUGGUGCCGUGAUUGGCGCAUUGCUCUCGGGGCCCGUCUGGAGGCGUUUUGACAGCCGACUGGGCAUGGCGUUUUUUGAUGCCGUUUUGGUCGGCGGUCUAUGUAUCGUUACUUUACCAGUAACACUAACAGAGUUGAUGGUCGCUGGAAAAUUAUUGCUCGGAAUCGGUUCAGGCGCGAUGUCCGCUAUCGUACCCGCAUACGUUGGCGAGAUUUCGCACCCAAAAUUCCGAGGCAAAAUGGGUAUAUUGUUCCACGCGAUCAUGGUAUUGGGCGUCGUGAUAUCCGACGUGUUUGGCCCAUUCGAACAGUAUGAUAAUCACCGACCUUUCAGCAUACCGUUCAACGUGUAUUGCUGCUUGUUCGUUGUAUUUCACGCGAUCGGAUUGUGUUUCGUUCCUAAACCGCCGUACUCAACGCCGAACAAUUUUUUCGAACCAAACCAUAGCAACGACGAAUGUAUGAGCACUAUAAAUUUGUUGGAUGAACCCUAUAGGAUGGACGUAUUGCACCCGAUGUUUAAUUCCGAUUACCGGAACACAUAUCGACGAAGCUCAUGGCAGAUAUUGGAAGCAUUUAGUUACCGUGCGGAUCGCAAAGCAUUGCUGAUCGCCGUUGGAUGUAUGUUUUUCCACCAAAUGUGUGGAAUAAAUGAAAUAAUAUCGUACAUGUUUCCUGUUAUGAAAAUGGCUGAAAUUGAUGUCGACCCUAAAACGAUAUCCAUUACAUUAGGACUCGUUCAAGUCAUUAUGAUACAUGUCGCAAUAAUCAUCAUAGACAGCAAAGGUCGUCGUAUGUUAUUAAUAUAUUCGGCCGUGAUUAUGUGUCUAUGUUUGGUUGGUUUGGCAUUCUGCAUCAUUAUUAAAAUGCAACUAGAUACUACUACGUUCAAUGAUAUAUCGAUGGCUCUCGUUAUGUUUUUCAUUAUGGCGUAUUCUUUAGGAUUUGGACCUGUCCCUUGGGUUAUAUUGGGAGAAAUAUUUUCGACCAAAGUAAAGUCGUACGGAAUAAGCUUUGCAGCAGCUAUAAACUGGCUACUAGUCUUAGCAAAUGCUUACUUUCCAUACGAAAUGAACAAGUUUUUCGACAUCGAAUAUGUAUUUUUGUUUUACUUUGUGCUAUGCCUUUCUGGUGCAUUAUUUGUGUGGCGAUUUGUACCAGAAACAAAAAAAAUCAGCUUAAUAAAUGUCCAGAGGCAAUUAGACAUCGAUUAUGAUCAUAUAUAUUACAUACCAGUAUAA